AGCGGCGGAACGGUUUGACGGGGACACCGGGCCGCUCGGAGGCUGCCGCGAUGCUCCCCUCUCUGCAAGAAUCUCUGGAUGGAGAUGAAAAGGAGCUAGAGAGCAGCGAGGAAGGUGGCUCUGCGGAGGAGCGGAGACUCGAGCCGCCGCCCAGCAGCCACUACUGCCUGUACAGCUACCGCGGAAGCAGAUUGGCCCAGCAGCGAGGGGACAGUGAUGAUGGAACCUCAAGUGGCACAAAUGCUGAAACUCCCUCUGGUGAUGAUUUCAGCCUCUCCUUGGCAGACACUAAUCUACCGUCUGAAGUGGAGCCAGAGCUGCGCGGUUUCAUUGCUAAGCGACUUUCAAAGGGAGCAGUUUUUGAAGGGCUGGGUAAUGUUGCAUCUGUGGAGCUGAGAAUUUCUGGUUACCGAGUUGGUUGUUAUUACUGCCUUUUCCAAAAAGAAAACCUGCUUCCUGAAACAGCAACAGCUGAACAUACCCCUUCAGAGUAUGUGGUCUGCUUUUUAGGAGGUUCUGAAAAAGGACUGGAGCUUUUCAGGCUUGAAUUGGACAAGUAUAUCCAAGGACUGAAAAAUAACAUAAAUUGUGAGGAAAGAGGUCUGGAGAACCACAUCAAGUCUUAUCUGAACAACUGGUUUGAGGAUGUCAUAUGUCCAAUCCAGAGGGUCGUUCUUCUCUUUCAGGAGAAACUUACCUAUCUGCUGCAUGCUGCCUUGAGUUAUACUCCUGUUGAGGUUAAAGAGUCAGAUGAAAAAACAAAGAGAGACAUUAACAGGUUUCUGAGUGUGGCCAGUCUUCAAGGACUUAUUCAUGAAGGCACCAUGACAUCUUUGUGCAUGGCAAUGACAGAGGAGCAGCAUAAGUCUGUGGUCAUCGAUUGUAGUUGCUCCCAGCCUCAGUUCUACAAUGCAGGAAGCAACCGCUUUUGUGAGGAUUGGAUGCGGGCCUUCUUAAAUGGUGCUGAAGGGGGCAACGCUUUUCUUUUCAGACAAGUCCUGGAGAACUUUAAACUAAAGGCCAUACAAGACACAAACAACUUGAAGAGAUUUAUCCGACAGGCAGAAAUGAAUCAUUAUGCUUUGUUUAAAUGUUACAUGUUCCUAAAGAACUGUGGCAGCGGAGACAUCCUUUUGAAGAUUGUUAAAGUGGAACAUGAAGAAAUGCCUGAAGCAAAAAAUGUGGUCGCUGUCCUUGAAGAGUUCAUGACAGAAGCUGUUGUGUAAAGUAUUUGAUUGCUAGAGAUAAUCAUCUCACGAAGUUGUAUAUGCAGGCAUUCAUGUUUGAGACUGCAGCUGUGAUUGUUCAUAGGAUUACAUUGCUCAUAGGAUCACAUCGUCCAUGGGAUUAUUUGAAACACACCCAAUUCUUUUUUCUUUUUGUACUUUUACCAAUUAACUUAAUUAAACAUAAAAAUUUGAGGAAUGUCUUCACUGAAUACUAGAUACAUAUAUUAGAAUUGUAGAGUUUUAGUAUGUUACUGUUUUAGUAUAUUACAUUUAUUACCUAAAAAUGUUCAGAAGUGGCGGGUGUAGUGGUGCAUGCUUUUAAUCCCAGCAUUUGGGAGGCAGAGGUAGGAGGAUCACUGUGAGUUCGAGGCCACACUGAGACUAUAUAGUGAAUUCUAGGUCAGCCAGCCCUAGAGCAAGAUCCUGCCUCGAAAAACCAAAACAAAAAUAACCUUGAGUGAUUUUUAAUUUGUGUUUACUAUAAUCAUUUAGCAAAAUUUUCCUCCCAGAAAAAAAAAAAAAACAUAGCUCUUCUUUCUCAUAGGUUGUACCAUUUUCAAAAUUAUGCAUU